ACACGAUCUUGUCCGUCACACCCACCACAUCUUCAGACAUGGCGCCCAAAGCAGCAAGCAAAGGCUCGAAGAAGCCCUCGACCAAGGCCAACGCCGCGGCGAAGGCGACGCUCAAAGGCGUCAACUCGCACAAGGUCCGCAAAGUCCGGAACAGCGCCACCUUCCACCGGCCCAAGACCCUCACCCUCUCGCGCACGCCGAAAUACCCGCGCAAGAGCAUCCCGCACCAGCCGCGCCUCGAUGCCGGCAAGAUCCUCAUCCACCCGUUGAACACGGAGAGCGCGAUGAAGAAGAUUGAGGAGGACAACACCCUCGUCUUCAUUGUGGAUGUCAAGGCGAACAAGCGACAGAUCAAGGAGGCGUUGAAGAAGAUGUACGAUGUGGAGUGCGUGAAGGUGAGCACGCUUAUUCGACCGGAUGGCUCGAAGAAGGCGUUUGCGAAGUUGACGGCGGAUGUGGAUGCGCUUGACAUUGCGGCGACGAAGCUCCAGAUUGUGUAGAGGGCAUUCGACUGUGGUGGAGUUUUUCCAUAUAGGCGCGCGCAUGGCAUCGCACCCGGGUAGUGAGAGUAGUAUU